UGCGAGGUGUCAUGCGGGGGCGCGGGAGCCGCCGCGAGGGGCCGGCGGGGCUGGGGCGCUCACUCCGCCGCGGACCGCAGCCAUGUUCGGCGGGCUGGGGCGCUGCUUCGAGGAGGACCCCUUCUUUCGUGAUCCUUUUGUUGCACACCAUGAAUAUAUGCGGCAGAUGAUGAGAGGCUUUUCUGAUCCUUUUGGACGAGAUCCAUUUCUCAGUAUAACAGAUGGUGGGGAGAGAACAGUAGAUCGAAGAGCACGCCAGGACUCUCAGGUUGCUCUAAGAGGAAAUCGCAGACAGGAUGCAGAUUUUGGGGAGCCUUUUUUUGCAAUGGACAGGAUGAUGUCAAAUAUGAGAAACAGUAUGCUGGAAAUGCAAAGAAAAUUUGAUGACCUGACCAUCCAUCCAGGUGCACACACAUUCAGCUCCUCCUCUGUGAUGACAUACUCCAAAAUAGGGGAUGAACCACCAAAAGUUUUCCAAGCUUCAGCUCAGACACGCACAGCUCCAGGAGGUGUUAAGGAGACAAGAAAAGCACUCAAGGAUUCUGAAAGUGGACUGGAAAAAAUGGCUAUUGGUCAUCAUAUUCAUGAUCGUGCUCAUGUCAUUAAAAAGUCAAAGAACAGCAAGACCGGUGAUGAAGAAAUGAACCAAGAAUUCAUCAACCUGGAUGAAACUGAGGCCCAGACCUUUGAUGAAGAGUGGCAGAAACAGAUUAUGAAGUUCAAGCCAUCUAGAGCUAGGUAUACUUUAGAAGCUCCAAAAUACAGAAGUAUUCACCACAUACCCAAAGAGGAUGGAUUAAGAAGAGAGAAACCACUUGCAAUUACAAGUUCCAGGGAGCCCAGAGUUUCUUUUGAGAAUCUCAAUGUGAAAGGAACGCAUGUCCCCAUCAAAAGCAGCAAAAAAUAAAUUUAUUCCAUUCUCCAUCUGAAUGGAGUUUCUUCAGGAAGAUAAUGGUGCUGCAUUGCUUAUGUUCAUAUAAGUAUACACGUAUAUAUGACCAAUUUCUGUUUUUUGUUUUAGUAAGCAUUAGUGUGCCUUGCUACUCUGAUUGUUUGACAACUGAAUGUUCUUUAAAACUACUAGUUUUACUAGUUUCAGUAAAUUAAAAACCCCACAACUUUCCACUUAAAAGCACUUUAAUCGAUUAUCACUGAUUCUGUUUUAAAAAAAAAAAAAGGUUUGAUUUGCAAGAUUUUUCUGCUACAGCUGCACCAGUCCCACUUUAUUAAGCCUGGUAAUGGAACUAAUUUUUCCCACACUCGAAAACUUGCACAGAAAAUAAAUUCUCUUUUUUAUUUUGUGUGGCUGAAAUAUUAUUAAUUUUCUAGGUGAUACAGGAAUUAAUAGCUAUUUGAAUACACUGUAGACACUCUAUAUCUUUUUCUUUAAAACCAUGCUGUAAAUUGUUACAGAAACCCCAGAUUCACCUUGAUUUAACAUGAGGAAAAGUGAGAGGAAAUACUAAAAUGAAAAAUAUUUUUAGUUUUAGUUUACCAGUGUUCUUAUGUUCAUAGGCUGUGCUUGCAUCUCUUAUUUUCUGUGCCUCAACUGUCAACUUUGUAUUUUUCAUCCUUUGUGUAUUUUCUUUGGAGGUGGCCCGUUAUUUUUCAUUCUUGGAGGUCCUCUGUCGUAGCUCUUAAUUAUUCUGUAGUAAUACCAGUGUCCUAAAACUCAGCUGUAACUAUUAGUUAUUAAUCAGAAAAAUAUGUGGGAGAAAUGGGUUGAGUAGGCAGUAGUUAACUGGAUAAUGAAUGAUUACACCAUUUCUGCUCUAAAAAGCUAAAAGAGCCCUGCAUACAGGAGAACACUUCCCCGUCAGCUGAGAUGAGACGAGAUGGUGUUUCUAUUCUUUAGUGUCCUGUUUUAGUGAAUGUAGAAUGAUCCUAAAUCUAACACUUGAUCUCCCUUGAUGUUGUUGUUAGUUUGGUUAAAGAGUCUUAUGUUCUAGAGAAAAGCCAACUGUGCGGCUGAAAACAGGAGAGCUCUUUGUACUACAGCUGCGCCUAUGCUGUUUUGUUACACAGACUUGAUCCCUAUGUUGUAGCGUAAAUAACUUCUGUAGGCUAUAACAUUACAGCAUUAGCAUAUAUUUCACGGCUAAAACAUUAUAGCAUAGCCCUAAAAAAGGCACUAUUUAUAUGAUAAAAGAAUAGGUUUAGUAAGAUUAAUAUUUGUUUUGCCAAAAAGAAAAUGGCCUUUAAAUCAUAUUUAAGCUCUCUGCAAAUUCCCCAGAUUAUUUAAUUCUAUGUUUAUUGAUGUGCAGAAAUAAUCAGAAAUACUUUUGUUGAACUCUGACUCACAAGGGGAAGGCAAUUGUUUAUUUGCUUCUUUAAUGCAAUGGUCUCUUCCUAUUAUUAGAGCAAAUACUAAUGGCAGUAAGUGUAAGUGUCUGGUAGGGGGUUGGCAACCUCUGACAGGGGGAACAGGCUGAAACCGUGAUACUGGAGUUGUGCUUGCCAGAACCCUGGCUGUGAGGGAUGCUUUUACUCUCCUUAAAAAGCAAAAGUACAACAAAAAAAGAACAAGCCUGAUCUUCCAUACACUGAAGGCAACUUUGAUUUUUGCAGUUAAUGUCAUUAAGCAUAUAAGGUAUUUUCCAGGAAUGUCACUUAAAUUUCCCAGUAAUAAAUGGCAGAAAAGUUUUUCAUGUUGUAACUUCAGAUAAAUCUGAGGAAUGCUAUUUAACAGAAAAUAGUAUUCAUCUGACAACUUAAAUUCUUGUCUAUGCUUUACAAAGGUUAAAAAGAUACAUGCAUGUAAUCAGUAAUCCAAUACUUUGGUUUUAAAAUUAUAGUGGGAAGAGGCUAAUAUUCAUUAGAUUAUGCAAAACAAUAUUCUAAAAUGUCAUCCAGAAGAAGCUGUUCUGUGUAGAAACAUCUGAAACUGUAAUUCUUUAAUAAAGUUAUUUAUUAUUUA